ACACACACACACAUUCUGCUGGGCGAGCAGCAGCUUCCACUCGAGUGGAGCUGAGGGACAGGCUGCAGUAGUAGUGGAGCUCUGGCUCUCCCCCCUCACCGCGCACACCUCCUCCUCCCCUGCAUGGCUGUGGAUUUAGCUAUGUGCUAAUAGCGACAGGAGGAGGCUGAGGAGCGGCCGGCGCGGAGCUGCGAGCCCACGUACGGCGGAGGCUGCCACAGUCCGAACAGGCUCCCGAACAGCCAUGGCUGACGGCGGAGAAGGAGAAGACGAGAUACAGUUUCUACGGACGGAUGAUGAGGUGGUGCUGCAGUGUGUGGCCUGCAUCCAGAAAGAGAAUCGCAAGUUCUGCCUUUCUGCUGAAGGACUCGGCAAUCGGCUGUGCUACCUGGAGCCCACCUCAGAGGCCAAGUAUGUUCCUCCAGACCUCUGCAUCUGUAACUUUGUGCUGGAACAGUCGCUUUCAGUCCGGGCGCUGCAGGAGAUGCUGGCCAAAACUGGGCAAAAUAACGAUAGACUCGUUAGAAAGGCAGCUCAUGGAGGCGGCCACAGAACACUGUUAUAUGGACACGCCAUACUCCUCCGACACUCCUUCAGUGGAAUGUACCUGACCUGCUUGAAGACAUCCAGAUCGCUGACAGAUAAGUUGUCUUUCGAUGUGGGACUUCAGGAGGACUCGACAGGUGAGGCUUGUUGGUGGACUAUCCACCCCGCCUCUAAGCAAAGAUCCGAGGGGGAGAAAGUUCGGAUUGGUGACGACCUCAUACUCGUCAGUGUAUCAUCUGAGCGCUAUCUUCACCUGUCCAUUUCCAAUGGCAACAUCCAGGUGGAUGCUUCCUUCAUGCAAACCCUGUGGAACGUCCACCCUACCUGUUCAGGCAGUAAUGUGGAGGAAGGAUAUCUCCUUGGCGGUCAUGUGAUGCGCUUGUUCCAUGGCCAUGAUGAGGUUUUGACCAUACCAGGCUCAGAUCAGAGUGAGGAGCAGCAGAGAAUAGUGAACUACGAGACGGGCAAGGUAGGAGCCAAGGCCAGGUCUCUAUGGAGGUUGGAGCCUCUACGGAUCAGUUGGUGUGGCAGUCACAUCCGCUGGGGCCAGCCAUUCCGCCUGCGUCAUCUCACCACUGGUCAUUACCUGGCCCUGACAGAGGACAGAGGGCUGGUGCUGCAGGACCGGGAGAAAUCGGACACCGCCUCCACAGCCUUGUGCUUCCGAGCCUCCAAGGAGAAGCUGGAAUCAAGCCCGAAGCGCGAUAUUGAGGGGAUGGGGGUGGCUGAGAUUAAGUAUGGGGACUCGCUUUGCUUCGUCAUGCACAUGGCCACAGGCUUGUGGCUCUCUUACCAGGCACCGGACGUCAAGUCAACCCGUUUGGGGCCUCUCAAGAGACGGGCCUGCCUUCAUGCAGAAGGACAUAUGGACGACGGUUUUACCCUCCAGCGCUGUCAACAUGAAGAGUCACGUGCUGCCCGCAUCAUCCGCAACACUACCAGACUCUUCAGUCGUUUCAUCAGAGACCUGGACAAUCUAGCUGGGAAAAAUCGUGUGAUCAUGCUUCUGCCAAUCGAGGAGGUCCUCCAGACCCUCAAUGACCUGAUCACUUAUUUCCGGCUACCUAAUGCUGAGCUGGAGCAUGAGGAGAAACAGAUAAAGCUGCGCUCCCUCAAGAAUCGCCAGAACCUCUUCAAGCAAGAGGGAAUGCUGACUCUGGUGUCUAACUGUAUCGAUCGCUUGAGUGUGUACAACAGUGCGGCACACUUUGGAGAGUGUGCAGGAGAAGAGGCAGGAGCAGCCUGGAAAGACAUCCUCAACCUGCUCUAUGAGCUGCUGGCUGCUUUGAUCCGUGGAAAUAGAAAUAAUUGCACACAGUUCUCCCAAAACCUCGACUGGCUGGUCAGUAAACUGGAGCGACUGGAGUCAUCAUCAGGGAUUCUGGAGGUCCUCCACUGCAUCCUAAUCGAGAGUCCGGAGGCACUCAACAUCAUUCAGAGAGGACAUAUUAAGUCCAUCAUCUCGCUGCUAUACAAACAUGGUCGCAACCACAAGAUUCUAGAUGUUCUCUGCUCUCUCUGUGUUUGUAAUGGAGUGGCUGUGAGAGCCAAUCAGAACCUAAUCUGUGAUCAUCUGCUCCCAAAGAGAGACCUGCUACUUCAGACACGGUUGGUCAAUGAUGUACAAAGCAUGAGACCGAACAUCUUUCUGGGUGUGAGGGAAGGUUCAGCUCAGUAUAAGAAGUGGUACUUUGAGCUGAUGAUUGACCAGGUGGAGCACUUCAUGACUAGUGAGCCUACUCACCUUCGGGUCGGGUGGGCCUCCACCAAAGGCUAUGCCCCUUACCCAGGGGGUGGAGAGGGCUGGGGCGGGAAUGGAGUUGGUGAUGACCUCUACUCUUACGGCUUCGAUGGACUUUAUUUGUGGUCUGGGAGAAUUCCACGAACGGUGGCUUCAGUAAACCAGCACAUUCUCACAUCAGACGAUGUGGUAAGCUGCUGUUUGGACUUGGGUGUUCCCAGCAUCUCCUUCAGGAUCAAUGGUCAGCCCGUGCAAGGCAUGUUCGAAAACUUCAACACUGACGGCCUCUUCUUCCCUGUGGUCAGCUUCUCUGCUGGGGUCAAGGUGCGCUUCCUUUUAGGUGGUCGUCAUGGAGACUUCAAGUUCCUGCCUCCGUCAGGCUAUGCACCAUGCUAUGAAGCCUUGCUGCCCAAAGAGAAGAUGAGGGUUGAGCCAGUGAAGGAGUACAAGAGAGACAUGGACGGAGUGAGAGACCUGCUGGGCACCACACAGUUUCUGUCCCAGGCCUCUUUCAUACCCACACCAGUGGACACCUCUCAGAUUGUUAUGCCUCCUCACCUGGAGAAAGUACGCGACAGACUGGCUGAGAACAUCCAUGAGCUUUGGGCUAUGAACAAGAUCGAACUUGGCUGGUCAUAUGGCAAGAGGAUAAGAGAUGAUAAUAAAAGGCAGCACCCCUGCCUGGUGGAUUUCUCCAAGCUUCCUGAAACGGAGAGGAAUUACAACCUGCAGAUGUCAACAGAGACCUUGAAGACUCUGUUGGCUCUGGGCUGCCAUGUGGUUCAAGUCAAUAUCAACGCUGAGGAGGACCUGAAAAAAGUCAAACUCCCAAAGAACUACAUGAUGUCUAAUGGCUACAAACCCACCCCGUUGGAGCUGUCUGAUGUGAAGCUGACCCCUAGUCAAGAGCUCCUGGUUGACAAACUAGCAGAGAACGCCCACAAUGUUUGGGCCAAGGAUCGGAUCAAACAGGGCUGGACUUACGGCAUACAGCAGGAUCUGAAGAGCAAGCGCAAUCCUCGCCUGGUGCCAUAUGCUUUGCUUGAUGAGCGCACCAAGAAGUCAAACAGGGACAGCCUCCGUGAAGCCAUCCGCACGCUAAUCGGAUACGGCUACAACAUUGAGCCUCAAGACCAGGAAGGGGGUCACAUGGUGGAGAGACUGAGCAUUGAUAAGAUCCGGUUCUUCCGCUUGGAGAGGACUUAUGCGGUGACGACGGGGAAGUGGUAUUUUGAGUUUGAGGCAGUGACCGGAGGAGAUAUGAGGGUAGGCUGGGCUCGGCCCGGUGCGCGGCCUGAUGUGGAACUGGGAACCGAUGACCAGGCAUACGUCUUUGAUGGCUAUAAGGGUCAUCGUCUCCAUCAGGGCAGUCGUUUGUUUGGCCGUUGCUGGCAUGCUGGGGAUGUGGUGGGCUGCAUGAUAAACAUGGAGGACAAGUCCAUGAUCUUCACCCUCAAUGGAGAAAUUCUUAUCACAAACAAGGGCUCUGAGCUCUGCUUCGCUGACUUCGAGACUGACGAGGGCUUUAUUCCGGUCUGCAGCCUGGGGCUUUCGCAAGUUGGUCGCAUGAACCUGGGCAAGGACGCCAGCACCUUCAAGUACUACACCAUGUGUGGCCUUCAGGAAGGGUUUGAACCUUUCGCUGUCAACAUGAAUCGGGAAGUCACCAUGUGGUUCAGCAAACGCCUUCCUACCUUUGUCAACGUGCCCAAAGCUCACAGUCAUAUUGCAGUCACAAGGAUCGACGGCACUAUUGAUAGCCCUCCGUGUCUGAAAGUGACCCACAAGACCUUUGGGACUCAGAACAGUAAUGCUGACAUGGUGUUCUGCCGUCUGAGCAUGCCCGUGGAGUUCCACUCGACCUUCAAGAGUGGUCCUAAUAUUGACAUGAAUGGAGUACAUGAAGAGGAGCCGCUCAAACUCAGACACAGGCAUCCUGUGAAAUCUAUGAAACAUAUCGACGAUGGAAGAAGAACCGACUACAGUACUAUUACAACCUACUACCACUCGGUUCGGGUGUUUGCUGGCCAAGAUCCCUCCUGUGUUUGGGUUGGCUGGGUCACCCCUGACUACCAUUAUUAUAGCAACUUCUUCAACCUCAGUAAGAACCGCACUGUAACAGUUACACUGGGGGAUGAGCGAGGCCGAGUUCAUGAGAGUGUGAAAAGGAGCAACUGCUACAUGGUGUGGGGAGGAGAUAUCAGUAGCGCUACCCAUUCGUCCAGCAGGAGUAAUGUGGAUUUGGAGAUUGGUUGCCUGAUUGAUGUGGCUACUGGGUUGGUAAACUUCACAGUCAAUGGCAAAGAGCUAGCAACUUCAUACCAGGUUGAGCCCAACACAAAGCUUUUCCCUGCUGUAUUUGUAAGGCCCACCAGCCCGAAUCUGUUCCAGUUAGAACUGGCCAAGAUCAAGAAUGCUAUGCCACUCUCAUCAGCAAUCUUUAAGAGCGAGCACAAGAACCCAGUUCCCCAGUGUCCACCUCGGCUGGACGUCCAGACCAUUAAGUCAGUGCUGUGGAGCCGGAUGCCAAACACCUUCCUGAAAGUGGAGACAACCCGGGUCAGCGAAAGGCACGGCUGGCAGGUGCAGUGCCUGGAGCCCUUGCAGAUGCUGGCAGUGCACAUACCAGAGGAGAACCGCUGUGUGGACAUCAUGGAGCUCUCUGAGCAGGAAGAGCUGCGCAAGUUCCAUUACCACACACUAAAGCUUUACUGUGCUCUCUGCGCCCUCGGCAACACCCGCGUAGCCCAUGCCCUCUGCAGCCACCUUGACCAGUCGCAGCUCCUCUACGCCAUUGACAACCAGUACCUGUCCGGCAUGCUGCGCGAAGGCUUCUACAACGUUCUUAUAUGCAUCCACCUGGAGACAGCCAAAGCUUCCCGUCUUAUGAUGAACAAUGAGUUUAUUAUCCCUGUUACGCCAGAGACCCGCAGCAUCAGGCUCUUUCCGGAUGUUUCCAAGCACCACCAGCCUCCAGGUGUUGGACUUAGCACAUCCCUAAAGCCCAGGCUUAGCUUUGCCCCACCCUGUUUCAUCAGCACCAAGCGUGACCAACAUCUCUACAGUCCUGAAAUCCCUCUAGAGAUUCUGAGGGAGAAAGCAAUUAGCAUGCUAACAGAGGCUGUUCAAGGUGGAGGAGACCAUAUCAGAGAUCCUGUAGGGGGCAGCGUGGAGUAUCAGUUUGUGCCCAUUCUACGACUAAUUAGUACAUUGCUUACCAUGGGCGUGCUUGCCAGCCAGGACAUUCACAUGAUCUUGCUCCUCAUUGAGCCCGGUGUUUUUGGGGAGAAGAAGGAGGAUGGUGUUGGGGAGCCUACAGAGAAGGAAGGAGUGACAGGAGCAGAAGAGAAGGCAGUGGAGGCCGGAGAGGAAGAUGCCAAAGACGCCAAGCAGCCAAUCAGAGGACUGCUAGAGAAGAGAUUGCCUGAGUCAGUAAAACGGCAGAUGUGCGAACUUCUUCACUACUUUUGUGACUGUGAGCUAAGGCACCGCAUUGAGGCUGUCGUGUCCUUCUCUGAUACCUUUGUGUCAAAACUGCAGUACAACCAAAAGUUCCGAUACAACGAGUUAAUGCUGGCUCUUAACAUGUCUGCUGCGGUCACCGCUAAGAAGACCAAAGAGUUUCGCUCACCACCACAGGAACAGAUCAACAUGCUGUUGAACUUCAGUAUGGGGGAGGACUGUCCAUGCCCUGAGGACAUACAGGAGGAGCUCUAUGACUUCCACAACGAGCUCCGUCUACACUGUGGUAUUCCUAUGGAGGAGGAGGAAGAGGAGCAGGACACGUCAAUUAAAGGCCGCCUGCUGGCUCUGGUCUACAAGAUUAAGGGACAGCCACACAGAGCAGAAGAGAAGCCGAUGGAAAAAGAACAAGCUGCUCCCUCUAAUCUGAAGGAGUUGGUCUCUCAGACGAUGGUGAGCUGGGCUCAGGAGAGUCAUAUUCAGGACCCGCAGCUGGUGCGGAUGAUGUUCAGCCUGCUGCGGCGGCAGUAUGACAGCAUCGGCGAGCUGCUGCGUGCCAUGCGCAAGAGCUACAGCAUCAGUGCUGCUUCUGUCCAUGACACCAUCAACCUGCUGGCCUCACUGGGCCAGAUCCGCUCACUGCUCAGUGUCCGCAUGGGCAAGGAGGAGGAGCAGCUCAUGAUAGACGGCCUUAGUGACAUCAUGAACAACAAAGUGUUUUACCAGCACCCCAACCUGAUGAGAAUACUGGGCAUGCAUGAGACCGUCAUGGAGGUUAUGGUGAAUGUGCUCGGGGGAGGCAAAUCUCAGGAAAUUGCAUUCCCUAAAAUGGUUGCUAGCUGCUGUCGCUUUCUGUGCUACUUCUGUCGAAUCAGCCGUCAGAACCAAAAGGCCAUGUUUGACCACCUGAGCUACCUGCUGGAGAACAGCAGCGUGGGGCUGGCAUCUCCAUCCAUGAGAGGCUCCACUCCUCUGGAUGUAGCUGCGUCCUCUGUGAUGGACAACUAUGGCCUUGCACUUGCACUCGAGGAACCUGACCUGGAAAAGGUGGUAACAUAUCUGGCUGGCUGUGGACUACAGAGCUGCCCCAUGCUGCUUGCUAAAGGCUAUCCAGAUAUAGGGUGGAACCCCAUUGAGGGGGAGCGCUAUCUCUCCUUUCUUCGCUUUGCUGUCUUUGUCAAUGGUGAGAGUGUGGAGGAGAACUCCAGUGUGGUAGUGAAGUUGCUGAUUCGUCGGCCCGAGUGUUUUGGCCCCGCCCUGCGUGGAGAGGGAGGAAACGGACUGCUGGCUGCAAUGAAGGAGGCUAUUAAAAUAUCAGAGACACCAGCACUUGACCUGCCCAGCACAGCCCAGGGCCUCCUAUCAGACGCAUCUACUGAGGAUGAUGAAGAGGAAGAGGUGGUUCACAUGGGCAAUGCCAUUAUGUCCUUCUACUCAGCUCUCAUUGAUCUUCUGGGACGAUGUGCACCCGAAAUGCAUCUGAUCAAUAAGGGUAAAGGGGAGGCUCUGAGAAUCCGAGCUAUCCUGCGCUCUCUAGUCCCCACCGAAGACCUGGUUGGCAUCAUCAGUAUUCCACUCAAGAUGCCUGUAGUCAAUAAAGAUGGUAGUGUGACUGAGCCCGACAUGUCUGCCUGUUUCUGUCCUGAUCACAAGUCACCCAUGGUGCUGUUUCUGGACAGAGUCUAUGGCAUAGAAGACCAGAGCUUCCUCCUGCAUCUGCUGGAGGUGGGCUUUCUGCCUGACCUGCGGGCUGCCACCUCCAUGGACACGGACACACUGAGGACCACUGAGACAGCUCUGGCUAUGAACCGGUACAUCGGUUCGGCCAUGUUGCCACUUCUGACCCGCUGUGCCACUCACUUUGCCAAUACAGAGCACCACGCAGCACUCAUUGACUCUACGCUCCACACCAUCUACCGGCUGUCCAAGGGCUCCUCACUCACCAAGGCCCAGAGAGAUGCCAUCGAGGAGUGCCUGCUGGCCGUCUGCAAGUACUUGAGACCCUCCAUGCUUCAGCAGUUGUUGCGUCGGCUGGUGUUUGAUGUGCCUUUGCUGUCUGAGUAUUGUAAGAUGCCUCUCAAGCUUUUGACUAACCACUAUGAGCAGAACUGGAAGUAUUACUGCCUGCCCUCUGGUUGGGGCAGUUAUGGGAUGGCCUCUGAGGAAGAGCUGCUGCUCACUAAGAAGAUUUUCUGGGGAAUCUUUGAUUCACUCUCACAAAAGAAGUAUGAACAGGAGCUGUUUAAGAUGGCCAUGCCAUGUCUGAGUGCUAUAGCUGGAGCUUUGCCACCAGACUAUGUGGACUCAUCUCUUAGCACCACACUGGAGAAGCCGGUCUCAGUGGAUGCUCAGGGCAACUUUGACCCCCGACCCAUCAGCACCACCAACAUUUCUCUUCCAGAGAAGCUGGAGUACAUCUCUAACAAGUAUGCUGAGCACUCCCAUGACAAAUGGUCCGCGGAGAAGGUAGUUUUGGGCUGGAAGUAUGGAGAUACCAUUGACGAGAAAGCCAAGACUCACCCCAUGUUGAGAUCUUACAAAUCACUCACAGAGAAGGAAAAGGAUGUUUACCGUUUUCCAGUGAAAGAGUCUUUAAAGAGCAUGAUAGCCAUGGGCUGGAACAUUGACAGGACCAAAGAAGGAGAGACCGUGUUUCAGCAACGGGAGAAUGAAAAGAUGCGCAAAAUCUCCCAGGUGUCUCAGGGUAGUGGCUUCAACCCAAGUCCAAUAGAUAUGAGUAACGUGCUUCUGUCUCGAGAGCUGCAGGCAAUGGUAGAGGUAGUAGCAGAAAACUACCACAAUAUUUGGGCAAAGAAGAAAAAGAGUGACCUGGGAGCAAAAGGUGGAGGAACACAUCCUUUGUUGGUGCCAUAUGACACCCUCACAGCCAAAGAGAAAGCUAAAGACCGAGAGAAAGCGCAGGAUUUGUUCCGCUUCCUCCAAGUCAAUGGCUAUGCCAUUACCAGGGGUUUGAAGGAUAUGGAGCAGGACUCUUCCUCAAUGGAGAAAAGGUUUGCCUAUAAAUUCCUGAAGAAGCUGCUGAAAUAUGUGGACUCUGCACAAGAGUUCAUUGCACACCUGGAGGCUAUGGCUAUUAGUGGGAGGAAUGACAGGUCACCUCAUGAGCAAGAAAUCAAGUUCUUUGCCAAGGUGCUUCUGCCACUCAUAGACCAGUACUUCAAGAACCACUCUCUCUACUUCCUCUCCUCACCCAGCAAGAACCUAAGCAGCAGCGGCUAUGCCACCAACAAGGAGAAGGAGAUGGUCACCAGUCUUUUCUGUAAACUGGCAGCUCUUGUCAGACACAGGAUUUCUCUCUUUGGAAGUGACUCGACCACAAUGGUUAGCUGCCUUCACAUCCUGGCCCACACACUCGAUACCAGAACAGUGAUGAAGUCCGGCUCUGAGCUGGUUAAGGCAGGCUUGAGGACUUUCUUUGAGAAUGCAGCAGAGGAUCUGGAGAAGACUCUGGAGAAUCUGAAGCUGGGGAAGUUCACUCACUCCCGCAGUCAGAUGAAGGGCGUGUCUCAGAAUAUCAACUACACCACAGUAGCCCUGCUGCCCAUCCUAACCGCCCUGUUUGAGCACAUCACUGAGCAUCAGUUUGGGGUGGACCUGCUGUUGGAUGAUGUCCAGGUGUCUUGCUAUCGAAUCCUGACCAGUCUUUAUUCACUGGGAACUGGAAAGAACAUCUAUGUGGAAAGACAGCUUCCAGCUCUAGGGGAAUGUUUGGCAACUCUGGCAGGAGCCAUGCCUGUGGCCUUUUUGGAGCCUCACCUCAAUACACACAACCCCUGUUCUGUCUUUAACUCCAAGACAGCACGAGAGCGGGCCAUCUUAGGCAUGCCAGACACUGUAGAAGAGAUGUGUCCAGAAGUGCCUCGUCUGGACUGUUUAAUGAAGGACAUUAAUGACAUGUCCGAGUCUGGAGCCCGCUACACUGAAAUGCCUCACGUCAUUGAGGUGGUGUUGCCCAUGCUGUGUAACUAUUUGUCUUACUGGUGGGAGAGAGGCCCAGAGAACCAGCCAAAGAGUGCAGCAACUGUCUGCAGUACCACUGUCACCUCUGAGCAACUCAGCAUCAUCCUAGGGAACAUCCUUAAGAUCCUGAACAGCAAUCUGGGCAUCGAUGAGGCCUCCUGGAUGAAGAGGAUAGCAGUGUACGCUCAGCCAAUCAUCAGCAAGGCCAGGGCAGACCUUUUGAAGGCACACUUUCUGCCCACGCUGGAGAAGCUGAAGAAGAAGGCUGUUAAGGUAGUGGCAGAAGAGGAGCUUCUGAAGGCUGACAGCAAGGGCGACACCCAGGAGGCAGAGCUGCUGAUCCUUGAUGAGUUUGCAGUGCUGUGCAGAGAUCUAUAUGCCUUCUACCCCAUGCUUAUUCGUUAUGUGGACAACAGCAGGUCGAGGUGGCUGAAAGAACCUGAUGCUGACUCCGAUGAGCUCUUCAGGAUGGUGGCAGAGAUCUUCAUCCUUUGGUGCAAGUCACACAACUUCAAGCGAGAGGAGCAGAACUUUGUGGUUCAGAACGAGAUAAACAACCUCUCCUUUCUCACAGGAGACAGCAAGACUAAGAUGGCAAAGUCGUUUCUGCCGAAGGCAGGAGGACAGGAUCAGGAGAGGAAGCAUAAGAAGCGACGAGGUGAGUUUUACUCCAUCCAGACUUCGCUCAUAGUGGCUGCUCUGAAGAAGAUGCUGCCCAUUGGCCUCAACAUGUGCACGCCUGGUGACCAGGAGCUCAUCUCAUUGGCCAAGGCGCGCUACAGCCUGAAAGACACAGAUGAAGAGGUCAAGGAUCAUUUGAAGCAGAAUAUGCACCUGCAGGAGAAGUCAGAGGACCCCGCAGUGAGGUGGCAGCUGAACCUGUAUAAGGAUGUAAUAGUGAAGAGCGAAGGGCCUCCUGAUCCUGAGCGAACAGUAGACCGUCUGCAGACUAUCUCUGCUGCAGUGUUCCACCUUGAACAGGUGGAGCAACCACUCAGGUCCAAGAAGUGUGUGUGGCAGAAGCUACUGUCUAAACAGCGUAAGCGUGCAGUAGUGGCCUGUUUCCGUAUGGCACCAUUGUAUAAUCUGCCCAGGCAUCGUUGUAUUAACCUGUUCCUCACGGGCUAUCAGAGAAUAUGGAUAGAGACAGAGACCUACUCUUUUGAGGAGAAGCUAGUGCAGGAUCUGGCAAGGACGCAACGGAAAGUGGAGGAGGAGGAAGAGGAGGUAGCGGAGGCACAGCCGGACCCUCUUCACCAGCUCAUCCUGCACUUUAGUCAUAAUGCUCUGACAGAAAGAAGUUCCCUAGAAGAGGAUCCGCUGUACAUAGCCUACGCAGACAUGAUGGCAAAGAGUUGUGCUGAAGAUGAGGACGAGGAUGAAGAAGGAAAAGAAAAAACUUUUGAGGAAAAGGAGAUGGAAAAACAGAAGACACUGUAUCAGCAAGCCAGAUUACAUGACAGAGGAGCUGCUGAGAUGGUCUUACAGACGAUCAGUGCCAGCAAAGGUCGACUCGGUCCCAUGGUAACCUUCACUCUGAAGCUGGGCAUAUCCAUCCUGAAUGGAGGAAACAUUUUAGUUCAGCAGAAAAUGCUGGACUAUCUAAAGGAGAAGCGUGAUGCUGGCUUCUUCAAGAGUCUCUCUGGACUAAUGCAGUCGUGCAGCGUAUUGGACCUCAAUGCAUUUGAGAGGCAAAACAAAGCUGAAGGACUCGGCAUGGUAACUGAAGAGGGCUCAAUCGCAGUCAACGUGAGGGAGCGGGGUUCCAAGGUGCUCCAAAAUGAUGAGUUCACUAAAGACCUUUUUAGGUUCCUGCAGCUGCUCUGUGAGGGUCACAACAACGAUUUCCAGAACUUUUUAAGGACACAGACUGGAAACACAACUACUGUUAACAUAAUCAUAAGCACUGUGGACUACCUCCUUAGGCUACAGGAGUCCAUCAGUGAUUUUUACUGGUAUUACUCGGGUAAAGAUGUCAUGGAUGAAGCCGGUCAGCGUAACUUCUCUAAAGCCUUGGCUGUGGCCAAGCAGAUCUUUAACUCCCUCACUGAAUAUAUCCAGGGUCCAUGUAUAGGCAACCAGCAGAGUUUGGCUCACAGUAGGUUAUGGGAUGCAGUGGUUGGCUUUUUACAUGUCUUCGCCAACAUGCAGAUGAAACUCUCGCAGGACUCCAGCCAGAUUGAGUUGCUGAAGGAGCUGAUGGAUCUGCAGAAGGACAUGAUAGUCAUGUUGCUGUCCCUUCUGGAAGGUAAUGUUGUAAAUGGAACCAUUGGCAAGCAGAUGGUGGAUACUUUGGUGGAAUCCUCCAGCAACGUGGAGAUGAUCCUCAAAUUUUUUGACAUGUUCCUCAAGCUGAAGGAUCUCACCACCUCUGACAGUUUCAAAGAGCACGACGCUGAUGGCAAAGGUGUCAUCUCAAAAAGAGAGUUCCAGAAAUCAAUGGAGAAUCAGAAGCAGUACUCUCAAUCUGAAAUUGAGUUCCUGCUUUCUUGUGCUGAGGCGGACGAGAAUGACAUGUUCAACUAUGUCGAGUUUGUGAAACGCUUCCACGAGCCUGCCAAGGACAUUGGUUUCAACGUGGCCGUGCUGCUCACCAACCUGUCGGAACACAUGCCCCAUGACUCCCGUCUGGCAGCCUUCCUGAAUCUGGCGGAGAGCGUCCUCAACUACUUUGAGCCAUUUCUGGGCCGCAUCGAGAUCAUGGGUGGUGCCAAAAGAAUUGAAAGAGUUUACUUCGAGAUUAGUGAGUCUAGCAGAACCCAGUGGGAAAAGCCACAAGUCAAGGAAUCCAAGCGUCAGUUCAUCUUUGACGUGGUUAAUGAGGGUGGAGAAUCAGAGAAGAUGGAACUAUUUGUGAACUUCUGUGAGGACACUAUCUUUGAAAUGCAGCUGGCCUCUUUGAUAUCAGAACCAGAUGCCGUGGAGCGGUCGGAAGAAGACGAAGAUGAUUCGCGGAGUGUGGCCGAAGAGCUAGAAGAGGAAGCAGAAGAGAGAACGUUGGAAUCCUUCUCAGCUUUUACCAUGGCUUGUGUAUCCAUGAGGAAGAACCUGUGCAGCCUUCGCAAGCUGCUAACCCUUAAGAGCAUGAAGAAACAAUUCAAGAAGUUCCGUAAGAUGAGUGUGAGGGAGAUGAUCUGUGGCUUCUUCUCUUUCUUCUGGAGGAUCUUCAUCGGCCUCUUCCGCUUCCUCUACAACCUGGUUUGGGGCUUCUUCCACAUCUUGUGGUCCACGCUGUUUGGCGGAGGCCUGGUGGAAGGUGCCAAGAACAUGAAGGUGACUGAUAUCCUGGGCAACAUGCCGGACCCCACUCAGUUUGGUGUCCAUGGAGAUGUUCUAGAGACUGAAAAGCUGGAGGCAAACGAGGCUUGUUUGGUAGCAGAAAUUGGGCAGAUGGCAGAGGGAGACCAAGUGGAAGUAGACCUCAUGUCAGAGCUGUUGAGUAUUCAGCCCAAGAAGGAGGGGGGCAAGCAUGGGGCUGAGCCUGGACUAGGGGAUGUGUCAGAAGUGGUUGGCGUGGAUUCUCCAUCUCUAGCUGCUGCUGUCCGGCAGAAAAAGGCCCAGGAAGCUGCGAGUAAGAAGGCAGUUGAAAGUGAAUCAAAAACAGAAUCCGAGAAAGAUGCAGAGGAUGGGGAGAAGAAGGACCAAGACAAAGGGAAGGAAGAUUCUCUCAUAGAAACCUCAUCAGAUGAAGAGAAAAAGCCAACCAUGCGGAGACCUGGGCAGAAGAAAGGAGAACCAGAGGUCUUCAUGACCAGCUUUUUUGCUGGAUUGGACAUCUAUCAGACUAAGAUUCUGAAUUACUUGGCACGAAACUUCUACAACCUGCGAUUCCUGGCUCUGUUUGUGGCAUUUGCCAUCAACUUCAUUUUGCUUUUCUACAAGGUGACUGGUGAGGAGUCUGAGGAGGUGGAUCCAUGGACAGGGAGAGGUGAAGAGGAGGAUGGUGUGGAGUAUUUUGUUCUGCAGGAAACCACUGGCUACAUGGCGCCUACACUUCGCUUCUUAGCGGUGCUACAUACUGUCAUUUCCUUCCUCUGUGUUGUGGGAUAUUACUAUCUGAAGGUACCCUUGGUGGUUUUUAAGCGGGAAAAGGAAAUCGCCAGGAAACUUGAGUUUGAUGGUCUUUAUAUCACUGAGCAGCCUUCAGAUGAUGACAUCAAAGGGCAAUGGGACAGACUUGUGAUUAACACACCAUCCUUCCCCAAUAACUACUGGGACAAGUUUGUCAAACGCAAGGUAAUAAAUAAGUAUGGAGACCUGUACGGGGCAGAGCGGAUUGCCGAGCUUCUUGGUCUAGACAAGAGUGCUCUGGACUUCAACCCCACUGAAGAGGCCAUCGCAAAAGAGGCCUCCCUGGUGGCCUGGUUAAGUUCCAUCGACACCAAGUAUCAUAUUUGGAAGAUGGGUGUGGUGUUCACAGACAAUUCUUUCCUGUACCUGGUGUGGUACACAACCAUGUCCAUCUUGGGACACUACAACAACUUCUUCUUUGCUGCUCACCUGCUAGACAUUGCCAUGGGUUUCAAGACCUUGAGGACCAUCCUCUCUUCCGUCACCCAUAAUGGCAAACAGCUGGUGCUGACUGUGGGUCUGCUGGCUGUAGUAGUGUAUCUUUACACCGUGGUGGCAUUCAACUUCUUCCGGAAGUUCUACAACAAGAGCGAAGAUGAGGAUGAGCCAGACAUGAAGUGUGAUGAUAUGAUGACUUGUUAUCUUUUCCACAUGUAUGUGGGAGUGCGUGCUGGUGGUGGAAUAGGUGAUGAGAUCGAGGACCCCGCGGGGGACCCCUAUGAGCUUUACCGCAUUCUCUUUGACAUCACCUUCUUCUUCUUUGUCAUCGUUAUCCUUCUGGCCAUUAUCCAAGGUUUGAUCAUUGAUGCAUUUGGAGAAUUGAGAGACCAGCAAGAGCAAGUCAAAGAGGACAUGGAGACCAAAUGUUUCAUCUGUGGUAUUGGAAAUGACUACUUUGACACCACUCCACAUGGCUUUGAGACACACACCUUACAAGAGCACAACUUGGCCAACUACCUGUUCUUCCUCAUGUAUCUUAUAAACAAGGAUGAAACCGAGCACACGGGCCAGGAGUCUUAUGUGUGGAAAAUGUACCAGGAGCGAUGCUGGGACUUCUUCCCAGCUGGAGACUGCUUCCGGAAGCAGUACGAGGACCAGCUGGGCUGAAGCGACUGCGCUUCCAACCCACCAGCCUCUCCUCUGAGCCGAGAGCCACACACCAACUGCUCCACUCAUCCUUUUGCAUUCAAACCACUGAUAUUUUCCAACCACUCAAGAAAUUGGCCUUCUCUUUUACUUGCCAACAUGCAGAAAGAGUCCGGAUGCCAGUAUUUCUUUUUCUACUAAGGAACUACGUAAUCCAUCAGCGUUUCAAGUCCCAGUUGUUACCUCGGUUAACAGUGCCAAUGUAGAGACAGUCUUGUUAUAGUCAAGCCCUGAUCUCGGGGUUUAGGACGAUUAUGUUUUUCCUUUUUUUUCCUCAGAAAAACAACAACAACAAAAAAACAUGUUGCCUUUCUUCCACAUAACCCUGAAACCAUUGCACAACGUUUUUUUGUUUUUUUUUUGUCUUUUGAAGAACCGCUGGGUUGUGUGGGGUUACUGAACAACAUGUGAGUCUAGUACCCGUCCUUAUAUGCACAAGAAUAUUUUAGUCUUUUGGAGUGAAUGGAGAAGAAUAAACACAUGCCAAAUGUGAAUGAAGAAAUAUCUACUGAGAGAGUACAUGUUCAGAUAUCAUUAAACUGCUUGCUGUUAUGAUGUAUGAGAUGAGAACAAGCCCAGGUAAAAAAAAAAAAAAAAAAAAAAAAUUGGUCAUGCAAUGAAAUGCCUCUUGUCAAGUCUUGAUGAAGUGCCUUACCUUCAUGAGAAGUAAAGCUAUGCAAAAUCAUUUUUGUUUUCAUUAUAUUUUACUCCUGUUUUUUGUUUUUUCUGAAUUAAGCAUAAAACAAAUCCUCAGACUUUCUUUGUGGCUUUUGAGUUUCCGUUUGAAAAGGUACAAAAUAAUUUUAAGUCUUGCCAACAGCAGUGUUGUUGUAAUAAUGAGAAUGCUCACAAUGCAACAAAAACUAAGUCCAGGAUUCUAGCAAACAACCUUAAUUAAAACAAAAAAAAUGGAAACCGCUAUUGUAUGGCUAUUUCUAUGUAGUAGCUUUGCUGAAUUGUGCAUUUCUUUUGAAGGGAAAACAAAGAAACUGAUGCAAUAAACUACUUUUAUUUUG